AUGCAAACAUACUCUUAUAAGCCUCCAGACGCCGUUAGUGAUGUAGACUGGGAUCUUCAUAUCAUGUCGGAUGGACUUCCAAGGUAUUACAUGAAGAAGCCACGUGGGGGACCACAGGAAUAUGCAAGACCACUACCAGCUGAUGAGAUGUUGGAUAUGAUCAGAGCACAAAAGGAACAGGAAUGGAAGAAGACAUGGAGAUAUUGGUGGGAUGUCGUUUGCCGAGUGAUUCUAAAACUUCUGGACCUCUCGACAACAUGGUUUCUUUACCGAAUGUCCUGUUGUUUCAUCCGUCUUACCGUUGGCAUAUUCUGCGUGUUCACCUGCAAACGAUUCAUUCGAUCCGUCAUCCGAGCAGAGAAAAAAGGUUGCAAAUUCCCAAUGACCGUGUACCUGCUAAAUCUCAUCUACGCCCCCUUCCUUCCAACCACCGCUCUCCGUAUCUUCUUCUGGUUUGACGAUCGAAUCGAGGGACCGAUGUUCUCGAGUCCAGAAGUGCAGAAAUAUUAUUUGUGGCUGAAAUUCGUGUCGACACAGCUAAUGGAUGUCCCCACUAUUCUUAUUGCUGCUGUUUUGAAGCCUUUCGGAUCUUAUGGCACAACGAUUUCGGAAAUUUUCAAUUUGAAAGUUUUGCCCAAGUAG